GUCCAAAACCAUCCCCCGUCACCUGAAACUGAAAAGCACCCCAGUUCCGUCAGCCGAACCCGCACCGCCGCGCCGGAACUCACCAGAUCGCGUCCGCUCGACCACCCCACCGGCCACCGCCACUCUCAACCCACUCCGGCGCCGCCGCAGCCUGUAGCCGCCGCCUGCCCGACCCCCCGCUCUCCGCGGGCGCGCGUCGCAUGGCCGCCUCGUACUUCAACCACUCCUCCUCCUACCCGCCGCCGCCUCCCCCGCCGGGCACCUCCCCGUACGGCGCGUACCGCCACGCCUACCCCCCGGCGCCGGUUCCCCCAACCGCUUACGGCUCCUACUACGACCGCGCGGAGCAGGUCCUCCCGCAGCGGGACGAGCUCCGCACCCUCUUCAUCGCUGGCCUCCCCGCCGACGCCAAGCCGCGCGAGGUCUACAACCUCUUCCGCGACUUCCCCGGAUACGUCUCCUCCCAUCUCCGCACGGGCAAAUCCUCCCAGGCGUAUGCGUUUGCUGUAUUUGCAGAUCAACCAUCUGCGUUAGCUGCCUUGAAUGCCACAAAUGGAAUGGUAUUUGACCUUGAGAAGAACUGUUCUCUUCAUGUGGAUCUUGCAAAAUCCAAUUCCAGAUCAAAGCGCUUGAGAUCAGAUGAUGCUUCACCUUAUUCUCCUGAGAAAAGAACUAGGAAACCUAUGGGAUUUCCUGAUUCAGGUGCUGGAAGCAAUAUUUACAUAUCUGGAAUGGGUAAUUCUUCACACAGCUUGAGUGGUUAUCCUUCUGCACAAAGCUACACAAACCUUGAAUCUAGUACUUCUGUCAGGAAGGAUCCAUCCACAUUUGCCCCUCAAAAUAAUCCUCCAUGUCCUACUCUCUUUGUUGCGAACCUUGGUCCAGCUUGUUCAGAGCAAGAGCUCAUAGAUGUUUUCUCGAGUUGUGCGGGAUUUGUGAAGCUGAAGAUGCAAAACAAGCUUGGAAAUCCUGUUGCAUUUGUUGAUUUCAUGGAUGCAAACAGCUCGACUGAAGCCCUAAAUCGUCUCCAAGGAGUUAUCUUGUAUUCAUCACCUGGCGAGGGAAUACGUUUAGAAUAUGCCAAAUCCAGGAUGGGCCUUCGUAAGCAUGAUAAUAAGCGCCCCUAAGUGCAGCUGAAGAAAGAUGAGGCAGCCCUUAGACAAUGAUCAACAGUUGUUCAUUCAUGGCUGGUUCUGAUACCGAGCCUGCCGACAUAUUCAUGCAGGGAAUGCCCAUGUUUUGGUCGCACGACAUGAUGUAACUGGGUUUGGUUGUAUCACUUAGUAUUGUCAGUGCGCAUCUUUCUUUUCCUCCCUCCCUUCCCCAAUCCUGUCACUACCUCUGCAGAUUUUAAGCUAGGAGUGUUAUCUACUUACAACUGAAUUGAGAACGCUUUUACUUAUGGUUAUGAAAAAUCAAUUGUGCAGUACGUUAUUUAUUGUAC